AAUGAGUCUUUCAACAACCUAAAUAACAUCUUUAAAACAGGAUUACACGAUUUUUAAUUAUUAUCGUUGCUUUGUGAAUGAAUUAGGAAUGACGGAAUUACUUUUUAACAAGCGGUUGCAGGUGCUGGUGAAGAGUAAAGAUACCGAUGAGAGGCGUUCGGUUAUUCGCGUUAGCAUUGAACUGCAGUUACCAUCCAGCCCUGUUCACAGAAAGGAUUUAGUUGUACGGCUGACUGAUGAUACUGAUCUUUACUUUUUAUACAACCUUAUCAUAUCAGAGGAGGAUUUUCAAAGCUUAAAAGUACAACAAGGGCUUUUAAUAGACUUCACAUCAUUCCCACAAAAAUUUAUAGACUUACUUGAACAGUGCAUUUGCGAACAGGACAAAGAAAACCCACGGUUUCUUUUACAGCUCUCGUCAUCUUCAUCAGCGUUCGAUCACAGUCCUUCAAACCUCAAUAUUGUGGAGACAAACGCAUUUAAACACCUCACACAUCUCUCUCUGAAGCUGCUGCCAGGAUCUGACACUGAUAUUAAGAAGUAUCUGGCCAGCUGUUUGUCUUCUGUUAAGGAGGAAAAGCAGCAGUUGCAGCAGAAGUUGAGAAAGACUGAGGAGGAUCUGACAAGACAGCUAAAUUAUGCACAGCAAACUCUGUCUGAGAAAAGUCGAGAACUGGACAAACUUCGGUCUGAAUGGACGUCUCAAACAACCUCUCUGUCCAGCAGACACAUGCAGGACCUCACCGCUGAGCGGGAAAAAGCUCUGGAGACUCAAAGUCGUCUGCAGCAGCAGAAUGAACAGCUGCGUCAGGAACUGGAGUCAUCUCAUCACAGAAGCACCCAACAGCUCCAGACCAAAGUCUCUGAGCUGGAGACGGCGAACCGAGAGCUCAUCGACAAGAAAUACAAGAGCGACUCCACCAUCCGAGACCUCAAAGCCAAACUGACCAGUCUGGAGGAGGAGUGUCAGCGGUCCAAGCAGCAGGUGUUGUCGUUGAGGAGGGAGAACAGCGCUCUGGACAGCGAGUGUCAUGAGAAGGAGCGUCUGCUGAAUCAGCUGCAGACACGAGUGGCCGUUCUGGAGCAGGAGAUCAAAGAUAAAGACCAGCUUGUGCUGAGGACCAAAGAAGUGCUGGAGGCCACGCAGCAGCAGAAGAACUCUGUGGAAGGAAACGCUGAGAGCAAGCAGCUUCAGAUCAGCAAGCUGGAGUCCACAGUGAAGUCUCUGUCAGAGGAGCUCAUCAAGGCAAACGGCAUCAUCAAGAAGUUGCAGGCAGAUCUGAAGGCUCUGCUGGGGAAGAUCAAGGUGAAGAACAGCGUCACCGUUUCUCAAGAGAAGAUCCUGCAGGAGACCAGUGACAAACUGCAGAGACAGCAGAGAGAGCUGCAGGACACACAGCAGAGACUCUCACUGAAGGAGGAGGAGGCAGCAAAAUUAAAGGAGCAGUUGGAAGCUACUGUUCAGAAGCUGGACGAGAGCAGGGAAGUGUUAAAAACUAAUGAGAAUGUAAUAACGUGGCUGAACAAGCAGCUGAAUGAGAAUCAGCUCUCCAGAAAGCAGGAAACUGUAGCCAUGUUUGAGACGCCUGCAGCGGCACUGAGAUCAGCCGCUGUCCCGCACAAUAUGCUUGAUAGUAAAGGUUUGUUGUCGUCUUUGGGACAGGCUUUCCCCAUCACCUCUACCAUAAACUCCAAAUAUCCUCUUGCCCUGUCAUGUGUGAGCUCAGGAUCUCGAUCUGUCCUGACCAGCAGCAAUGGACCCAAGGUCCAGUUUAACCCGAUGAGUGUCAAACCUUCAGCAGCAGAGGUGAGUCCAGCUGCUUUUUCCCAGCCGGCCAAUAAAGAGAACAGUGAACCUGUAGGAUUGGACUCAAAGUACUUUGAGAGACGAGAUGACAGCAUUCCUCUUCGUGGCCUUCUACCCAGCAUGCAUCUAAAUAGAGAAGUUCCAAAGCCACUGAACACAGCUGCAGCGAAAGCAACACCAUCAGCGUUUUUUCCAGGAUGACGAGCAGCAGGUUAAUCCAGAUUCAUCACUGGGUUUUCUGUGUGAACGCUACUGUUAAAUGGAAGAGUCUGCAUUGAAAAGUCUCAGUGCAGAUUAUAUUUUUAAUAGUUUGUUUUCAGUUAUUUAUUAAAAUAUAUAUAUAUUUAAAACGAUUUUGCAGUCUGUUUGGAAAGAGGAUCAGUCAGACUUUGAGAUUAUUUUGUCAUUUACUCACCUUGGUGUCGUGAGGGAGCUUUUUUUUUAUCCGUUCCUCUUUUUAAAUGUCCAUGUAACAGCAGUAGUCAAGCUUAAUAAAGGUGCCGCAGAGUCACAAAACUGCGUCCAGAAAGAGGUAUAUUACUUGUAAGUUAUAGUUAUGUGGGGGGAAAUGAAACAAAACUGUAUUAAUUAUUUAACGGAAUAAUAAUUUUGACCGCUGGUCUCUUUAAAUGAGGCGCGAGCAUUAGACAACAACUCGUCCCAAGUGCCCCGGCAAAAGAAAUCGAGAUUAUUAUUAUUAUUAGCGCUCCUCAAAUACUGUUAAAGUACUUUAUUUUUUGUUUUGAGGUAAAUAUAAUUGUUGUACGUCGCAAACCGUUCACGUGUCAUCUUACGAGAUAUUGAAAUCUGUUAAGAAACCGCUAGAUUCAAGGUUACACUUUUCAUCGCGUUUGUAGUCAUGAUUUUUAAAGUUAAUAACAUUUAGGUUAAAAAAAAUGGACGCGUGUAUGCAAAACGGAGGAUUAUUUUUCGUUGGAAUAAACCGCCUUUUUUUUUUUUUUUUUUUGCCCCCUCAAAGCAUCACGUCCCUCAGUACUUUUGAAAGAAGACUUUAUUUUUAUAAAGCGCUGAUCAUAAGCACAUGGUGUGAUGAGGAUAAAUAGGCAUGCAUACAGCAUUUGGACAUCACCAGGGUGAGUAAAUGAUUUUAGUUUCAUCUUUUUGUGAAGUCUACAUUCAAGUUCUUAUUUCAGUGCCAAAUAUAAAAAGUCUCUCAAUGAUUUACACUCAGAGAGCUGCCAUUUUGCAUUGAUCAUUCAGUUGGCAAAUGUAAGUGCCUGACAUGAUAUCUGUACAGCUGUAUAGAAUUCAUUGUGUACAUUCAUAUUUUUGUAUUUAUGGUUUGACAGUGUUCUCCAUCAUGGGUUAGUUGUUCAUCAGUAGCGGUAUUUUAGGAUUAAGUUAAUAAAAUAUUAAACACA